AUGACUAUCAACCCGACAUAUCUUGCGCAGCGGACGCGCCAAUCCAUCAAUUUGGCGGAUGCACAGGCCAGAGUGCGCAUGUCGUAUAGAGAAUGGCUUCGCGCGUCUCCCGAGAUCCAGACUAUGUACUCGCUCAACAUUCCCGUAUCGGUUAUCCGCACCAAGAUCCGCCAGCAGUUUGAGAAACACCGCUACGUCAGCCAGCUCAAGGUUGUCGACGUGCUGCUUUACCAGAGCCAUGCCGAGUUCCAGGAAACGCUCAACUACUGGAAGCAGCUUUCACAUGUGAUGAAAUACUUUCGACAGGAGGAAGAGCCAGCGGCCAGACUGCCGGCUAAUUUCAUUUCGGGAUUCUUGGAGGGCCGAAACUGA